CCACCUAAUAGGAAGAACUCAAUAACUCUACUUUUACACAUGAGAAUGUUAAAAAAAGAAUAAUAUUAAUUAAAGUGUUCGUGCAAAUCAUGCACCGUGUAAAAGUCAAUAAAUAGUGAUUGAAUCAGAAAAAAAUGAUUCAAAAUUUCCAGAAUGUUGUUCCUUCCUUCUUCACUGUCCAUUUCCUCUCACACACGACUACUCCUACUCCUAUUCACAUAUAUUAUGUAGGAUCGCGUUUUCCUUCAACACCUGCGCGCAUUUUUCUCGAUCAACCUCCGGGGGUUCUUUGCCGGUAACCACCGAUUUAUAAAAUACUCCAAAAACUCGCCAUAUUCACCGCUAACGACUCUUUACUCCGUGAUUUGUUUUCACGAACAAAUUCUAUCUAGAAGGUGGUAAUUUAUAAUGGCAUUGAAGCACUGUGUUAUUAUUAAGUGUGUUGUUUAGAAAAAAAAGUGACAUCAAAGACUGUAAUUUGUUGAUAUAUAUAUAUAUAUGGCUUCAAGAGUGAUUUUACAAAAGAAGAGGAACAUUUUGAUUAGUCAACAUACUCGCUUUAUUCUUGGAUUCUCUAGUGAAUUAGAUGGGUUGUGUCAGAUUCCCUUCUCUUCGUCUAGAACUAUUGGACAUGGACGGGAAAGAAAAUUGUCUACUAUCAGCGAUGAUGAUUUGGCAGCUUGUUCAUCGUCGAGAUUAUACUUGCAUAGUUCAUUUGGAGUUUCGAGUUUUGAAAUUAGAAAUGAGAAGAUAGAGUUAGUUUCUCUUUCAAGAUUGGGAUGGACCUCCCGAAGUGCUCGUUACAUUUCCACGGCUGCUGCUAAUCAAUCUAGAUUGGGUAAUGGUAGUAGUGGAAAUGAACAAUCAGAUUCUAAACAGAAGAAGGAAGCUUCACCGGAAGAGUGUGACGAGGCUGUUGAAGACUUGAGUAACAUCAAAGCGAAAGCUAAGGCUAAACAACUUCAAGAACCUCAUAAGAGUACUGAAUCUAUUUUAAAGACAUUAUGGGCUAAGAUUCUAGGAAUUGGUCCAGCUUUCAGAGCUGUUUUGUCAAUGAGCAGGGAGGACUGGGCAAAGAAGUUAAGUCAUUGGAAGGAUGAAUUUAAAUCUACUCUACAACACUAUUGGUUUGGGACGAAACUACUUUGGGCUGAUGUUAGGAUUAGCUCCAGAUUAUUGUUGAAACUUGGCAAUGGAAAGAGUCUCUCUAGAAGGGAGAGGCAACAACUCACAAGGACAACAGCCGAUAUUUUCAGGCUAGUUCCUUUCGCAGUAUUUAUCAUAGUUCCAUUCAUGGAGUUUCUUUUGCCAGUAUUCCUGAAACUGUUUCCCGACAUGCUGCCUUCCACUUUCCAGGAUAAGAUGAAAGAACAGGAGGCAUUGAAAAGAAGGCUAAAUGCAAGAAUAGAAUAUGCCAAGUUUCUUCAAGAUACUGUAAAAGAAAUGGCGAAGGAGGUUCAGAAUUCGGGAAGUGGAGAAACGAAGAAGACAGCAGAAGAUCUUGAUGAGUUUAUGAACAAGGUCAGAACAGGUGCCCGGGUUUCAAAUGAUGAAAUCUUAGGCUUUGCCAAAUUAUUUAAUGAUGAGUUCACUUUGGAUAACAUUAGCAGGCCUCGCUUGGUAAAUAUGUGUAAGUACAUGGGUAUCAGCCCGUAUGGUACUGAUGCAUAUUUGCGUUAUAUGCUCCGCAAAAGAUUACAGGAGAUCAAGAAUGAUGAUAAACUGAUUCAAGAAGAAGGUGUAGAGUCUCUUUCAGAAGCAGAGCUUCGUCAAGCUUGUAGAGAUCGAGGAUUGCUUGGAUUGCUUUCAGUGGAAGAAAUGCGACAGCAGCUUAAUGACUGGCUGGAUCUGUCUCUCGACCAUUCUUUGCCAUCUUCCCUCUUGAUUCUUUCUAGAGCAUUUUCCAUCUCAGGAAAGGUGAAACCAGAGGAGGCUGUUCAAGCUACACUUUCUUCUUUGCCGGAUGAGGUUGUGGAUACUGUUGGUGUGACAGCUUUGCCAUCUGGAGAUUCUGUUUCAGACAGGAAGAGGAAGUUGGAAUAUCUUGAAAUGCAGGAGGAACUAAUCAAGGAGGAGGAAGAGAAAGAGGAAGGGGAGCAGGCCAAAGUGGCAGAAUCUAAUGAUGGCGAAAGGGAUUUAGCUACGAAAGAGAUGGCUUCAACGACUGGACCAUCACAAGAAGAUGCAAAGGCAAAGGCAUUGGAGAAACAUGAGCAACUUUGUGAGAUCAGCCAAGCAUUAGCUGUUUUAGCAUCAGCAUCUUCAGUGAGCAGAGAACGCGAAGAGUUUUUGAGGCUUGUUAAAAAGGAGAUGGAGCUGUAUAAUAGUAUGGUGGGGAAAGAAGGUACUGAAGGUGAGCAGGAAGCUAAGAAGGCCUAUAGAGCUGCAAGGAAGGAUAGUGAUGGUGCUAUGGAGGUCGCUAUUAGUGACAAGGUUUCUUCAGCACUUGUUGACAAGGUUGAUGCUAUGCUCCAGAAACUUGAAAAAGAAAUUGAUGAUGUUGAUGCUAAAAUUGGAGACCGCUGGCGGUUGCUAGACAGGGAUUAUGAUGGGAAAGUGACACCUGAGGAAGUUGUAUCUGCCGCUGUAUAUCUGAAGGACACUUUGGGAAAAGAAGGAAUUCAUGAAUUCAUCAACUACCUUUCGAAGGAUAGUGAUGGGAAAAUAUUGGUGGAAGACAUUGUCAAAUUGGGCACCCAAAAAGAAGAUGCUGAAAAAGAUGAAGUAGGAAGAUCCUAGUGUUUGUGAAUUUUGUCAUAUUGUCAUGUUAUUUUUUUUAAUGUAACCAUGAAUAACAAGGGUUGGUAUGUAUUCUCACAAAGGUUGGGCCCUUAUGCGAAUAAAAUACAUAUUACUAACGUGCUAAACAAAAGCUUAAUUGAUGCAUGUUAUUUUGCAGUGUAUAUAUGGAAAGACAUAUUUUUUUA